AUGGCUGCUACUCGCUGCGUCUGCGACUCUGCGAGAUUCGCUUCCUUCUUCUCCCGGCCCCUCUUCUCGACCGUUACCUGUCAAGCUUCAAGACAAAGCUUGCUGCAGCACGUGCCCUUGACACCAUCUUCUUACUCCAUAUUCCUAUCUCGACCUUGUUCACGGCAAUUGAGAUGCUACGCCGGCACUUCGCGUCCUUACAAAGGCGGCAAAAAACCCUCGGCGAGCCCCCCCUCCGACGAGGACCCGGACAAGGACCGCGGAUUCGACCGCCGCUUCACGACGCAGCGCGACAUUGAGCGGUCCGGCCGCGACCGCCCGCCGUGGGACCACGAGAUUACCGAUCCGCAAAUCAUGGUGAUUGACAAUGGCAGCGCCGAGGGCCCGCUGGCGACGCGGUACGUGCUGACGAAGCUCGAGGAGGGCGAGUCGCUGCGCAUGAUGACGCCGUACGUGCCGGCCAAUAGCGAGACGGGGGCGCCGGCCAAGUUCGCCGUGUGCAAGAUUGUCAACAAGAGGGACGAGUAUGAGCGGCAGAAGCAGCUCAAGGAGCGCAAGAAGACGGCGGUGGCGGCAAAGGCCAAGACCAAGGAGAUGGAGCUUACGUGGGCGAUUGGCGGGCACGAUUUGGCGACCAAGCUACGGCAGAUGGGCGGGUUCCUGGGGAAAGGGAUGAAGGUCGAGCUGAUGAUUGGGAAGAAGAAGGGGGGGAGGGCGGUGGAGAUGGAUGAGGCGAAGGAUGUUUUGAAAAAGGUCCAGGAGGAGAUUGAGGCGCAGGGGGCGAGGGAGACGAAGAAGGCUGAGGGGCAGGUUGGGGGGACGAUGAGGCUGUAUUUGGAGGGUAUCAAGAGGUGA